AUGCUCCUUCCGGCCCUCCUGUUCCUGCAGUGCGUGCUGGUGACUCUCGGGCAGUAUGAUAUCUGUAAGUCACUGAUGAGUACGGACGAUAAGUACACCUGGGAGUUUUAUGCGUGCCAGCCACGAGCCACCUCCAUGAAGGACUACAUGCAGAUCCGAGUGGAGCCACCGGACAUCACGUGUGGAGAUCCGCCCGAGCGCUUCUGCACCCUGGAAAACCCAUACCUGUGCAGCGACGAAUGUGAUGCCUCAACCACUGACCUGGCCCACCCACCGCAGCUGAUGCAGGAUCGUGAGACCAACGGCCUCAUCACAUACUGGCAGACGGUGACAUGGAGCCGCUUCCCAGAGCCACUUCUUGCAAACAUCACACUCUCGUGGAACAAAAGCCUGGAGGUGACGGAUGACAUAGAGAUCACGUUUGAGUACGGCAGACCCACUAUAAUGGUGCUCGAGAAGUCGUUGGACAAAGGCCGAAGCUGGCAGCCGUACCAGUACUAUGCUGACGACUGCUCGGAAGCGUUCGGCAUGCCCGCCAAACGGGUGGAGCAUCUGUCGGCUGCCAACGUGACCCGGGUCAUCUGCACCGAGCAGUACUCACGCUGGGUGGGCUCCAAAAAUGAAAAGAUUGUACGCUUUGAGGUUCGGGACCGUUUUGCUAUUUUUGCAGGGCCCAGGCUGCUCAAUAUGGACAACCUGUACACACGCAUGGAGAGCAUGAAAGGUCUGAGAGAUUUCUUCACGUUCACUGAUCUGAGGUUGCGCCUGCUGAAGCCAGCGCUCGGAGGAACGUAUGUGCAGAGGGACAACUUGCUGAAGUACUUUUACGCCAUCUCUAACAUCGAAGUCACCGCCAGGUGUAAGUGUAAUCUUCAUGCUGGACAGUGCACAUUCCGCGAUGGCAGCCUGCAGUGCAACUGCGAGCACAACACCACAGGGCAGGACUGCGCCCGCUGUGCCCGCGGCUUUAAGGCCAAGUCGUGGAAGCCCGGCUCAUACCUGCCCACCCCGAAUGGAUCCCCUAACGCCUGUGAGGCAGCUGGUAGUCUCGGCAACUGUGAGUGCUAUGGUCACUCAAAUCGGUGCAGCUAUAUCGACUUCAUCAACAUUGUGACAUGUGUAAGCUGCAAACACAACACUAGAGGGCAGAACUGCCAGCACUGCAGACUCGGAUACUUCAGGAACGCCUCAGCUGAGCUGGAUGAUGAGAAUGUUUGUAUAGAGUGUAACUGCAAUCAGUUGGGCUCCCUGCAUGCUCGCUGCAAUGAGACAGGCUUCUGUCAAUGUCGGGAAGGAACCACGGGUCAGAAGUGUGAGGACUGUCUGCCUGGGUACAACUGGAAACAAGGCUGUGUCUCAAACGUGUGUGAUGACGAGCUGCUGCUGUGUCAGAACGGUGGAACGUGCGUUCAGAACCAGAAGUGUGUGUGUCCUCCUGAAUUCAGGGGCGUGCUGUGUGAGCAGUUACGCUGCAAGGGCGAAAAAGUCUGCAAUGGAUGCCCGGCCUGCUACCUCAGCCUCCUGACUGUACUGCUGUGCCUCGUCACCAGCAGCCUGCUCAAAGCCAGUGCCUAGUGCUAGCUCAGUCCUUCGACUCAGUCCCGCUCUCGGCCUGCCUCGGACUGAAUUACCUGGUCAGAGGAGGGGUUGCUGCGGCCAAGGCGCCACCGAGAGGGCCACGCGGUGCUGAGGUUUUCUUGCUGAAGUGGAUUUUUUAGGGAAGAGCAGAGUCAUUGUCGCCUCACACAAAUGAGAAGCUGCUUGCUUGUGUCCUUGCAUUACUGAGCAGAAAGAACUAUCAACCAAAAUCACUCUAACGAAUAGUGUAUAUAUACGAGACAUGUUAUUGUUUUGCUUUGUUCGUCCCUCUUGUAAAUGAAUUGACUCACAGAGAUUUAGGCACUGCACUUAAUCUGGGUUUUUUGAACGAUGGUGUUUAUUUCACUAGCUGACUCAGGCCAAGGUUUAUUACUCUUAUACCCUUCAUAUUCAAUUUACUACACUUUACUGUUAUUUUAUAACAUGGCCAGACAGGUCUAGUUUUGAAAAAAAUGUUAAGUGUUUGUGCUGCUAAGGAAAGAAUAUGUGUAGUUUGUGUACGAGAUUGUAUGGAAUCUGCAAAGAGAUGAAUAUAUACUGUAUGAUGCCCAAAUUGAAAAUAUGUAUAUCUAAAAUGAAAAAAGUUCACUGUAAAUUAUAUACAUUAUUUCAUUUAUUUUUGGUAGAAAUUAUUUUUGUUUUCAGUAAAUGUUACAAGAAAGAUAUAACAAGCCUUUUAUUGCAGUUAAAUUAAUCACAUCGGUACAUUUAUUUCAUGACAUGAUGCGUCUGAUACUUUGGAAUGUUCCUCUACUUACACAGUUAUAGCAUAUAGAGGAAAUGAAAUGGAACUGGAUUCAUCCAGCUUAAGCUCUGUUUAACCCUCACACGUGGAUGCCAGCAUGCGCAGAUCAUGUACACAGUCCUUAUAACCAUUCAAGGGCCUUAUUCAAUCCAACCAGCGUUAAUCGAAGCAAAAACACAAAGAAAAAAUCAUAACCAACCGCAAUAUAUUAACAGUAUACUUUUUUUUACAAUGAGAAACUAACAAUAGCAACAGCACAACACUAUAAGUGCUAUAGAUAAUAAAAAAAGUUUGGCUUGGUUUGGUUGGUUUAGUAAAGGCCCCGAUGCUGGUAACAUGAAAUUAUAAACAGGUUGUGUAACGUAUCCCAGUAAGUGUGAGUCUGGAUCACUGUGGCAGAAACUGAAAUAGAGUAUCACAAUGUAUAAAUGACACACGCACUGAGUUCAGCUUUACGAGCUUUGCUUCUGGACUUUCCUGAUCAUGAUGGAACAACUCGUUGACUGUGCUGUCGGCAUUCCAAAGAAUAAAAUCUUGACAAUCAG